GAUCAAUUUGCAUUAAUUCUCACCAUCAACCACACUGCGUGAUCAGAAAAGCACAGAACUAGCAAGGGCAAGCAUGAGUAUUUUCAACUCACUCUCUUGUUCGAUUUUCGUAGCUCUAGUACUGAUCGGGGAGGCCUUCCUCCUCUCACGAGCACAAGAUCCUUCUCGAUUGAGCUUGAGCUACUACUCGAAGACAUGCCCAACAGCACAGGACAUCGUGCGAUCUGAGAUGGACUGCGCGGUGAAGACCAAUCCUCGUAAUGCUGCAUUCAUGAUCCGUCUUCAUUUCCACGAUUGUUUUGUUCAGGGGUGUGACGGAUCAGUAUUGCUCGACGACACCGCGACGUUGAUAGGAGAGAAGCAUGCCGACCAAAACGUGAACUCUAUUCAAGGCUUUGAGUUGGUGGACAAGAUCAAGGAAAAGUUAGAAGCCGCGUGUCCAGGAGUUGUCUCCUGCGCCGAUGUCCUUGCGAUAGCAGCAAGAGAUGCCACCAUUCUGGUUGGAGGGCCCUAUUGGGAUGUGCCAGUGGGAAGGUUGGACUCUAAAACUGCAAGCGUGGAUUUAGCAAACUCAGAUAUCCCAACUCCUCAACAACCUCUCGCCACCUUGAUCGCCAAAUUCCUGGAGAAAGGACUCUCUGUCACUGAUAUGGUUGCCCUCGUAGGGUCACACACGGUGGGCAUGUCGCGGUGCGUCAACUUCCGGGAGCGCAUCUACGGCGGCGACUUCCAGCUGACCUCCAAGAACGAACCAUCGUCACAGGCCAACCUCGCCAAGCUCAAGGAUGUGUGCCCGGCUGAUGGCGGCGACGACAACGUCUCCGGCAUGGACUACUACUCCCCCACCGUGUUUGACAACGCCUUCUUCGAGACGUUGUUGCAGGGAUCCGGCGUGCUGAGCUCCGACCAGGAGAUGUACUCCAGCCUCCUCGGCUUUCAGACAUCGCGAAUCGUCGACAAGUAUUGGGCUGACGCCGCCCUCUUCUUCAAGGACUUCGCCGACGGAAUGGUCAAGAUGGGCAACAUCACCAACCCUCAAGGAGGAGAAGUGAGGAAAAACUGCAGAUUUAUAAACAUCUAAUUGGUCUUCAUAUUAAUUACUUAAUCCUAUGUUAUACACGUGCGACAAGCUCAUUCAAAUUUACAUAUUCGGUGCUCCGAAAUAAAGUUGAAUAGUGUGAGAGAUUAUUGGAGAGAUUAUGAUUAUAUAUAUAAUUGCACCAAACCCUAAACAUAAUUUGUCUACAAGGCAUAUAGAUACACAUGUGUAUUAUAAUCAA